AUGAGUACAUUCCAGAGGCUGCUGCCCGAACCCGUUGCUCAGCAGUCUUAUUUCCACAAACUGAUCCGGUCGCAAACUAUCAAACCCGGUGUGGCGGCCAUGAGCGUCUUCUUGGGUCUGAAUGCGUCCAAUGAAGACCUAGGAUUGAAACGGGAAAACGUGUGGGCCUUUGCUUCCAAUGACUCCGAGAAAGAGUUCGUCAACUACCUCGAGUCCGAUCGAGAAGCCAUCAUGAGCAAAGACUUGCCCAUGAUAUUCAUCUCCUUUCCGAGUGCCAAGGACCCCCAAUGGAGCGUUCAUCCUGGACGUGAAAACAAAAGCACAUGUGCCAUUAUCUCGUUUGCAAAUUGGAGGUGGUACAAACAAUUCGAGCCCACGGCUCACAAGAAGCGCGGGGACCAAUACGAAGAGCUCAAGAGUGCGGUGGGCAAUAACAUGAUUGAGCAAGCUUGCCGUCUCUACCCUCAGAUCAAGCAUCACAUUGACUAUGUGGAGGUGGGUACUCCGGUAACGAACCAGUUUUACUUGGGAUGCUCCCAGGGGGAAAUCUAUGGCUUGGAUCACGAUCUGGCCAGACAAGAACCCAUGACCAACGCACUACUUCGACCGGAGACGGAUAUCCCAGGGCUGUACUUAUCCGGGCAAGACGUGAUGACCUGUGGAUUUGGAGGAGCUCUCUUUGGAGGUCUAUUGUGUGCCGGAUCCGUUUUGGGGCGAAAUUUGGUCAGUGAUCUGACUCGGCUUCACAAGGUCAUCAAGAAAACCGACCAGACUAAAGUGGAAUAA